AGCAGAACAAGUGCUCAACAAGUGGUAGAAACGAGAAAGGGCAAUGACAUUGCAAGUCUCUGACUACCUGGACAGUUAUCUUCAGCUGUGUAAUGAGCGAGAUGUGUUCGUAAUUGGAUCGUUCAGGAAGUCUCUGCAAGGUGCGGUAGAAGGCGGUCCAGUCCCAGAAACAUUCAAACUUAACGGAAAUCAACCUGACUUGUCAAAUGCCCGUCUAAAGGACUCUUAUAUCGAUAUAAUUUUGAGUCCUUUAUCACGUUCUGGGGCAUUUCUACGGGAGUUGGAUUUAAGUUGUAAUGAGAUUGGCGAUGUGGGCGCAGGGGUACUAGCCGCUUUCCUAAAGGACGAUAUGUCACUAGAGGUACUCGAUCUGCAUUCAAACAAUAUUGGUUCCAACGGUGUGACAGCUUUAGCAAGAGCAUUGCAUGUCAAUGAUAAAUUGAAUGUUCUGGAUUUGAGCGACAAUGUGGCUGGGAACGAGGGAGGAAUGGAGCUGGCAAAUAUGUUGCAGAUAAAUUCCACUCUAACACACCUACACUUGCGCAACACGUUCCUUACGGCUACUCCGCUGGUAGCGCUAGCAACUGUCCUCCGGAACAACACCACUCUCAUCAGAUUGGAUAUCUCAAAUAACCACCAUUACACAACCAAUCUAACACAGUCACUCUCAAACGAUGUCAUGAUGCAUAUGACCAGGAUGCUUGCGCUGAACUAUACUUUGAGGGAGAUUGCAUUGGCGAAGAUGGGAGUGACGGACUGGCAGGUUAUGGAAUAUUGGGCUCGAGCUCUAAAGACGAAUCUACGGAUUGAAAUGGUUGAUCUGAGCUGUAAUCGCAUUUCACGGGACGGAGGAGUAUCAAUAUGCAGAUCAUUGUAUAAUCACCCAUCACUCGGCACACUCAAGUUGAGCCGGUGUUCAAUUCAGGAUGAGGGAGCAGAGGCUGUUAGCCAAAUGCUGCAGAAUAACUUUGGGCUUCAAAGUUUGCAUUUGGACUACAAUGCCAUAACAGGAAAAGGGCUCGUCGCCAUCGCUCAAGCGUUCACAAAGAACUUCUCUCUUAAACAGAUCAAAUUAUGGGGCAACAAGUGGGAUGUGGAAGCUUGCGAGGCUUGGGCAAAACUCGUGGGUGGACCUGUUGCAAACAUUGCAUACGGUGAUGAUCUGAGCGGGACCAUUGUUGAAGCGAAUCAAAUGUUUCCUCGCGAUGGCCGAAGAACUGUCAGUGUGCGGGCGCUCUCAGCCAAAGAGAAGGGAGCAGGCAAUGUGCAACCACGGAAUUACGAUGACCCUAGAGUCAACCGAAGAUUCAAAGAGUCGGAGAUAGACGUAGUAUUCUAUGCAGUUGAGGGUGUAUUAAGUGUUGCUAGAAGAGAUUGAUUGCAGGUGCAGCUGGUAA